UGCACAGAUGCACCCGAAAGUGCAACUGUCACAUUUUCUAACGGAAUUUUGAGCCCGAAAGAAUCGAUUCCGCCGCGAAGUUGUUUGUUUCCGAUGCUUGGAAACCGUUGAAAAGUGGAAAGUGAUGUGAAAAACGUUCUGCUUUUGCUGUUGAGUUGAGUGGAAGUGUAUUAUUUUGCGAACAAUGGCCAACUUUAGUGGAAAUUCCCGCGUCACCGAUCAGAUAAUGGAGUACUACACGAAAUACGGCCAGAAUCGUGAUCUGGAAAAGUUUCUUCGACUGCGAGCAAAUACAACCCGGUCAUCCAGUGACGGAAGUAUCCCAACGUCCACGGCAUUGCAUGGAGAAGGGGAUCAGGGCAGUGGGGGGAAAGUUGGCAAAUCGUUGGAAAACUUGUCGACUCUGGGGAAGCGGAAGCAAGACGACGAAAGGGAGAGGCGUUCGGCAGAGCUGUUGAAUGCUUCCGGAGGAAGUGAUCGAUCGAAAUCAGGUCAACGGAAGGAUGAUGUAACGAAAGAGGGAGAAAAGACGCAAGAGCAAGUUGAGAACGUGGUGGUGAAGGAAACGAAGAGUGAGAAGAAAGCUGGCCGGAAUUUCAACUUUAACCUGGAAUCGGUCAUCGAGAUUAAGUUGCCUCAACAAGUGGCGACAAUGCAACAGCCAAUUGUCGUUUCGACCCCACCAGGAAUGUUGGCUCCAGCGCCGAUUAUUCACGAAAUAAGCACCGCCGGAACGCAAACCAUGCCAGAAGGGCGGUCAGUUGAGCAGCAAACCGAGGAACCAAUUCGUCCAGUCUUGAAACCAAGUGGAGUCAAAUCUGGAGGCAAUCUGAACGUGGAGGAUGUGAUGGACACAACGCGCGAUAUUUCCCCAGUGAGCAGUGUUGCGUCCAAUAAGCAACGGCUAGAGUGGGACUCCCUCGGGGAUAUCGGAUACAGCUCCAGCGACAAGUUCUAUUUUUGUGGUGCUGGCGAUUUGAACGAAACCGAGAAGCAAUGCCUGCAGAAGUAUUUCGCAAAGAAAGGGUUAAAUUUCGAUGAGAAGGUGGUUGUCGUGAAAAAUGUACAAACUCCUAGAAAGAAAGGAGACCGAACGGAACAAGAAUCCGUAGAACAUAUCAAGAAAAAUGCCAAACAUAAGUGGCAGGAUGUCUAUCAGAAAUAUAAGGAAAAAUACCCGAAUCCGUCCGAGAUUACGCUAAGCAUGAUGAACCCGGAAGCUCAGAGUACCCCCAAGGUCACAUCACUUCAGAACGUGCCACAAAAAGCGAUCAAAUCCACCCAAACCAGUCUGGUUAAAAUCCUUACCAAAGCAGUGCAGUCCGAACAGCGCCAGGUUGACACAUCGGACAAGCAAAUCGGAACGGAAACGCUAUCUUCAGCGACUAACAAAACGACUUCCGUCCGGGAAGCUAGCUCUGUCUGCGAACAGAUAGAAGUGGCGGAAAGUUUUGAGUUCUUUUCCUCGCCACCAAGCAAGCUUGCAGAAGGCGAGGAAUCCAGUAGUAACGGAACCCAACUCAUUCCAUCAUCCACGACAGGAAACAGUUCAAAAAGUUCAUCGGGCCGUUCGUCAUCCAAACAGCAACAGUUAUCGUCUUCAUCGCGUGGCAGCGGAAACACCAGUUUGAAUUCCACGGAGUACAACUUUGACGACGAACUACGACUGGGAGUCACACUGUACCACACGAUUUGCGAGUCGCGAAGUUUGCCCGAACGGGUGAAGCAAAGUUUGGUCGAUAAAAUCUUCCGAAAGAUGAUGAAGAACGAUCCCAAGGGCAGAACGAAGGAACAGCUGUUGCAAGAAUGCUUGCGGGCUAGGCAGCAACCGGUAGGGCUAGUGGGUGAAGAGGAUGGGAGAAGUAGCCCAGGAAGGCAGACGACGUUGAGUGGAGUGGAAACGAUUGGAGAGAGUGGUAAAAGUUCUUCGGUGGGGAGGAGUAGCAGAGGUGCAGACGAAGUCAUUGUGGAAAUUAUCGAUGAAGGAAACAGCGAGGAGAAGGCGGCUUCUAGUCUUGAAGAUCCCAUCGUAAAAAAUUUGCAAGAGCUCAGUAUCAAAAGUAAUGAUGCCCACAAUCCUGUUCGAAGACCAUCUCAUCGUGAGCAAUCCGCCACCUCCUCACAGCGCACGCUUUCAUCCAAUACAAAUUCAUCAAAUCACACUGCCCGACAGUUGCCGGAACCGGCUUCGCUUUCAACUGGCCCUUCCAGUGGUGAUGACAGAAUUCGCAAAGCAAUGAACGAGUACCUGAAACCGAUGACCAAUUCCGAGAUCGAUUACGCCAAUCAACAGGAGUUGAAAAGAAGCCGAGAACAGGUCAAAGAGCGUACCAGUGAACCUUCUACGGGUGAUAAAAUAUUUGAACUAUUCCGCAAAGAGAAGCGGUCCCAAUUGCUUAAAAUCGACAGAAAGAUUGAACAUUUGAAAACGAUGAAAUUGCUGCUACUGGAAGAGCAAAAAGCGGUCAAUGAGAUAGGGGCAGAUACACGUACCACUUACCCUCUGGAGUUCAAGACCAGGCCUCUACCGAAGCAACCAUCAGACGAGAAAGAAAAUCUCUAUGAGAAUACUGAACGCCGUGCCAAAAGUGCUUCCAGUGCUCCGGUUUACACAUCGGUCCACGAGGACCCAGCCAGUGCACAGUCGAACAAUAAAAGCACAGAGUUCACUUCCGGCUCCCGAUCCGAAUCGGGUUGGAACUCACACUACCAUAUGAAGAAGAUGAUACAAAAUCGAUCCAAGCUGGAAACUCCAUCGUCUGCCGACGAAAGUAUCGCAACGUUUAUCAAAAGCCGCAAGGAUAAAUUCAUAGAAAACUACGAACGUCACCGAAGGCAGAUGUUCGAAGAUCAGCAUCACAUCUACACCAAGCCCUACAGUGGACGUCAAAGCAAGCAAGAUCAUUAUUCACGACUGGACGAAAAGUACAGCGUUCGAAACAUUGGCAAGCGUAAAACGCAUCUCCCCAGAAGUGAGGUCUUCAUCUCUUCCGAUUCCAUGUCCAUCCCUGCGGCCAACACUCUGACCAACACCACCACCCACCAGUACGACAUCAAAUCGUCCCGAUCAAGUUCGGAAAGUCUUACGCUUCAUGCGCGGCCAGCGGCUACUCAAACUACAGGAUCAAUCAUGAAGACCAAACCGAUCUUCGAAUCGAAACCGAAGCUAACAGCUUCGGUUCAAACCGCAGGAUGUAACUGCCCCUGUAACUGUCCCUGUCGACAUCGCCUUCCAUCCGAACCCUCACCAGCUACCACCACAGCAGCAGUAGCUGUCUCAUCUCUGCACCACACAGAGAUAGUCGAUGACACGCAGCCCAAGCAGGACAAACAGCAGCAAACCAAACCCAGCUCGAUCGCUUACGUAAUUACAUUCCAAGGUGACGGGAAGGACACCAAGGGACGAAAACCGCUGUCUGAAAAGGACCAAGUUUACCACCGAUCAAGCAGUUCCACCGACACGAGCUCCAGCGCCAAUCGAAGCAACGGUGGUGCUUCUGAGGAAACCGACUUGCUUCCGCUCAAGGACCAGUUUCAAAGGAACCGUCCUGGAACACUGCUGCGACUGAAGGAACGCCAAAAAUGUGUCAACGAGUUGAACAAGUUGCGCGCGGAGAGGAACAAACAGCGGAAGAAACUGUUAUUGCUGACGUCGGACGAUUCGCUAAAGAAGUGCGACGCGAAGGAACGACUGCCGCCGCCACCGUUGGCUCAACGGCGCAUUUUUUCUUCGAAAGCUAUCCGAGAGAACACCCGCCGUCAGGUACGAAAUCUCCCCGAGGUAUUACGCAAAAAGGAAAUGGAAAAGAUCAAUAACCUUAAGCGUAAGAAUCUGAUAUUGCGCGAUAAAUUCAACCGGAAUCUGCAGCGAAAAGUGCUCCACGGUCAGGUAGACCUAUCCAACAGCGUCCGAGUAAUACGGGAGUAGUAGAAGCAAGCUGAUAUUGAUAUGCUCAUUCCAGUAAGUACAAAACCGAACAUGAGUUCAUCGAAAAUGUGUCUUAUAAAUUAGUUUUAUAAAUAAAUGUUCUAUUUUCCAAACAUUUAA